UUAGAUAUUAGAUUAGCACUGCUAAAGUAAAACUUAAAAAUCAAAUAUUUAGCAUUACCCGAAGGAGUCUUCUCAAAAAUAUGAACACAAGUUUAUUCUAUGAAGUUUUACUUUAUUUAAAUUCAUUCUAUUUUGGAGUGUUUGGAGUUAGCGAGGUUGGAAUAGCGCUAUUUAAAUACGUGAAAAUUCCAUAUUCUAAAGAUGCAAUGUUAACAGAAUUUUCAUUAUUAAUAUUUUUAUGUAUUUUGGAGUAUUGUCGAAUAUGGCUGGGACGUAGAGGAAAUUUUUCUGAUCGAGGUAGUACUGUUUCAGCAAUUCCUAUUAUACUCUCAACUUUAUUAAUUUUACCAGCUGCGGCCAUUGUUGUGUACUUUCUUAUAUGGCAAGAACUUAUUUUACGUUUCGAAUAUAUUAUUUUAAGCGUUCAAUUACUUCUACAUGCAACUGAAUUAGUAAUUGCAUUCUUAAAUAUUAUGCCAUCGUCCAGGAAACAGGUUUACGAUUAAAUUUCAUUUUGAAUGGAGAUUACACUGAUCGUGUUUACAAGCUACUCUAGCUGCUAGUUGGCUGGUUCACAACUACUAAUUAGGGCUGCCAAAUCAUAAUUGCAAAAAAAAAAACAGGGAUCAUACCACUAAAACCGAAGAGUACUUUUUUUUAUCUUCGUACAUAUACAAAGCAUAAAUUAUGCAAUUCUUUUUUUUUUGUAUUGACAAAUGAUUCAUAUUAUAAUUUAUUCUAGUUUUUAGAAAAUCAUACUUUUUUAAAAAUUUUUUACAUGCGUCUACCAUAAAUUGUUGUAAAAAUGGCCAAAAAAUCAAAGAUUAUGCUUCGAAAACCAAAGACUCUGGAGACUCUGGUCCAAAACCGGCGAGUUGGCACCCCUACUAUUAAUAAAUUCUUCAAUGUAACAAUAGAUGCUAAUAGCUAACUGCUCAUAGUUAGGGUUGCCACCUCAAAAUUCCGGGAAAUCGAGAGAUAGUGAAAUUAAUCUAAUUAUAGCACCGAAUUAUAAUACUGUUCGAUAUUUUUGAUAUUUUGUGUAAUCAAUUUUUCUAUAAUUAAAUAUGUAAAUAAAUAUGCUUCAAGUGAUUUAAAAUGUAUCAAAAAAUAUCUUUAUUUACUGAACUCUGGAGAAUUUAUAUUGAUA